AAUCGCAAUGAUGGAUAUAAACUGUAUUUGUCCUGCAUACAAAUGCAAUAUCAUGGAAUUUCUUCCUUAUUUUCUAGACGUUGAUGAAUAUCAUGAAGAUAUCAAGAUCGCCCCUUCAAGGUUGCUUCAUGAGUUGCAAAUGUCUACUGAGGAACGGUUAGAGAGAUUGUGUCGGCCGACAAGAAGAAAGAAAUCGGCUACACAAACUAAUUCAUUCAGUGCUAUCCCGGAUAUAGUGAUUUUUCAGAAUUUUCAAGCUGGGCACAUCUAUAAAGCGAAGUUAACACUACAAAACUUGCAGCCAGUUUCUAGACAUUUGACAAUAAUCCAGAAUUGUUCUCCCUACUUUGAGGUCAUAUAUUCUGAUGAUAGUUCUUCAGUGAAGGUUGCCCCUGGUAUGACGUUUUCAAUAAACGUUGUUUUCAAACCUGUCGAAUUUCGUGACCAUGUUUUUGGUGUGCAGUUCAGGACUGAGGGUGAAACAUUCUCUGUUCCAGUGCAUGGACUAGGACAAAGACCUUUCCUAUCGCUUCCCGACCAUGUAUCGCUCAGCCCCACAGCAAUAAGAGUUCCUUCUCACAAGUCCAUAGUUCUGCAUAACUUUGGGCAGUCUCAAACCUGCUUUGUAGCCAGUUGCCAAGAACCUUGCAAAGUGUUUCCGGUCAGAGGUUCUCUGAAACCUAACCAGAUCAUCGAACUGAAAAUCACUUGUACGCCCACUAAUUCUAAAUCAGUUUCAAUAGAUCUACUUUUCAAUUACGAAGAUAUAAAACUGAUAAUUCCUAUGACUUGUACUGUUGUGAAGGCCGAUGUCUACCUAGAUACAAGCUCGGUGAUUUUCGACGAAACUUAUAUGGGAUUACAAAGUCACAGGAAAUUGAGCGCGUAUAACUGUAGUCAAUUCACGGUGGAAUUCAAAUGGAAAACAUGCAAAAGCAACGCUAUGGAGGAACUAGAGAAAUCAAAACUUGUGAACGCUAUGAGCGAUCUAGCUGGGUUGGAGAAGAAGAAAAAUGUCAAACUAGAGUACAUGAAUAUCAUAGAUGCCGAAGGUCACUCGGCCAUUAUCGAUCAGGAACUGGCACGACAGAUCAAGGACAUGGAAAAUCAGUUUUUGUUUGGAAAUACUAUCUUCAGUGUAUUGCCUGUGGAAGGAAAAAUGCUACCGAAUCAAUGCUUAGAGUUUACGAUUAUUUUUUCACCUCAAAAGAGUGAUUAUUACACAGACUUCGCAUAUUUUGAUGUGACAGGGAGAGAGGACAGAAUAGUCCUCUGUUUAUCUGGAGGUGGAAGAGGCCCACAAGUUGUUUUUAACGCCAAGACCUUGAAUGCUAAUGAUAUUUUUCUCGAUGGGACACAUGAAUAUCAGAUCGUAGCAAAGAAUGACGGAAACAUUCCAGCUGUUGUUUCUUUCGUGGAAAAGGAUACAGAGUUUGGUGGAGUUAUCAAAUGUAUGCCGAAACGACAAUAUCUAUACAGUAGAGAUAUUUGCAAGUCAUUUGUUAUCAGCUUUUGUUCCAAGUUCCAGGGCCAGUUCGUGGAAAAAAUUCAAUUCAUGAUAGAUGAAUCAAAAGAACUUAUAGAUGUGCUAUUUGUGGGAAAUGUCAUAUGUCCACUCCUGAAACCAGAUAUUCAAGAUAUUGACUUUGGAGAAGUAUCUUUCGGAUCUCAACCAAGCAAGGAGUUAGUUUUGACGAACGAUUCCCAAGUUCCGAUAGAUUUCAGAUUGUACAUACCCGGUAAUAAACAACAAAAUGGCAAAGAAGAAUUUGAUGAAUUCGAAUUUUCUCCUCGAGAGGGAGUGGUUGAAGCAUUCUCUAGCAGCGUUAUAAAGGUGACGUUGACCACUCAAGCUCUGCGAGAUAUAGAUGAAACUUUGAUGGUGUCUAUGUGGGGUUCUCAAAGAUAUUCUAUCCAAUUACCCCUGAGAUACAACUGCGUGUGUCCCACCAUCAAAUGCACCCCUGAAGAAGUAUUUAUCAGUUUCUGCUUCCUAAACUACGAAUACAAGCGAACUAUAAUUCUGAAGAACUGCUCAAGUGUUAGUGGUGUUUUAACGUACACUCCGCUCGAGAAUCCUAGCAAUAUAACUUGCAUUUUGAAUAAGACAGAAUUCUUCGUUUUCCCCAACGAGGAAAUUGAAAUCGAACUUACAAUACAGACUGAUAAAUUGGGCACUCACGAGUUUCCACUAAUAUUCACCAUGGCAGGCAGCAGUCCAGAAUCCAUUUGUACAGUGAUAUGUAAUGGUCAAGGGCCAGUUGUAUCAUACGAACCUGACGAGUUACAAUUUGAAAGUAUCAUUCUCCUACAUGAAGUAUCAAAAAUGUUAACUUUGAUCAAUGAUUCGCCUAUUAUAGCAAACAUAACUGUAUCCACAUCCCCAACGUCACCUUUCGCGAGUGACGUAGCCCAUUUGGAAAUAGCCCCUGAAGAUAGACGAGAAUUGACAGUGAGAGGCUAUCUAACUGACACUGGCAGAUACAAAGAGAGCCUGAACAUAGAAAUAGAAAACGGAGAAAUAGUUGCUAUUCCGAUACUCGGCGAAGGAGUAGGAAGUUCUAUUCUCUGCGAACCCAUAAUCGACCCGGAGUACGAUGCGGGUAUCUUGCUCACUCAUCAAAUUUUCAAACUGAAGGUUAAAUUCACCAAUUUGGGAAAGAAACGUUACAAAAUAUCGUGGACACGUCGGCAGGGUUUGAAAAAUCUGAAGGAACUGGAUGAUGAAGAUGUUUACGCGUCAGUAUUUCGAAUAGAACCAGUUCGUUUCGAAUUGGGUCGGAAUGAGUCGCAACAAAUUGAAAUUAUCGGAUCCUCCAAGAAACCGCAAGGCGUUCAGGAAGACUUUUACUGUUUCGCACUUAUAGACAAAUCAACAAAAUUGACGAACAUCAUGUCAUGUUUGAUGAAAGCUGAAUUUGUGGAGCCGAAUGUGCAAUUUUCUGACUGGACUCUUAAUUUUCUUUGUGCAACUGAGGAUUACCCUACCUUCUUUAGAAAACCACAGCCAUCCAGUUUGACUCCUAUGGUUGAUUAUGAGGAAUUCUACCGGCCCCCAGUUGACACAACUGGAUUAGUUAUUACUAACGAUACCGAAUUACCGCUCAAACUAGUCAUGAAGACUACGAGUGAUUACUAUAUUAAUAAUGAUGGGGAAAUGAUGACUGAAAUGGGCUAUGAACUGAAUGCUGGAGACAACUAUAAUGCUCAAAUCGAAUUCAGGCCAAAAUCACAGUCAAAAAGAUACAGCAAGAAAAAUGGGAGGUUCACUGUCGAUUUCUCCCAACAUCCAAAGGAAGAUAACAUCACUCUGAUUGGAGAAGUAAUGUAUCCAACCAUCAAUCUGGUACCAGAUAAGUAUCAUUUUGAGUGUCUGCCGCUAGAUUCCUAUACAUGCACGACCAUACUCAUCCAAAAUGUUACCUUCAUGCCACUCGAAUACAGUUGGGAACUUUUAGAGGAUGGCUUUGAAAUAGAAAAUUUGGAAGUUUUGGCGGAUUAUGAUAAUACAUGUAUAAGAAGCUCGAUGAAGUCCAUAGAGAGUGACGAUAUAAAUAAACUGGAAGAAAUUACAUCUGUUGCUGCUGCAAGUCAGCCUAAGUUUAAUAUGAGUCAUAUUAAGAAAUCAGCGUCGAAAGUUCAUAGUAGCCAUCUGCACAAUAAAAAAGUAGUUUCAAUGGCGAAUAUACCUUCGAAGCUGAUUGCGAAAAAUCGAGGCCUAACAGAACAUAGCCAAAAAGAUUUAACCAAGAGAGAAUCCAGCGUAGCCUCGGAAAAACUGUUGAAAACAGUUCUACUAGACGAUGAGCAAACUGGAUCUGCUGAAGAGAUCCACAUUGACUGGGAUUACAAAACAUAUGAUAUGGAAGCAACAAAGUUUAUCAAAAAUAUCGCCAUCAAUCAUCUGGUGCAAGAAGACACAGAGUUUUUCUGCGACAUUGAAAACGAGGCAUCGUCCGCAUACAGUAUAGGAAAUAUUGUGACCAUUGAACCUUCGAACGGGGUGUUAGCACCUUUCGAAUAUGGAGCAGUUACAAUUGGAUUUUUCCCACCUCCGAAUGUCAAAGUGAAAUGUACUGCCAUUUGUAAAGUUGAAGGAGGAGAGGAUGAGCCGUUUCUGAUUACAGGGAUGUCCUCCAGAAUAUCCUAUAAGUUUGACAAACAAGUGAUUGAAUUCGGACGAAGGUUAUUUUCUGAAAUAUUGGAAAGUACUCUUCUGCUGACAAAUAAUGGAUAUUCGAAGUUCCAUUUCAAGAAAAUCUGUGACGAACAAUUCGAAUAUCUGAAUGUUCCUCCAGGAUGGUUAUGUGUGAACCCAUCUGAAGGCUGUCUUCUAGCUGGGGAAAGCGUCACUCUCUUGAUCAAAUAUUUUCCUGGAAAAACUGGAGAAUUUCAGGAAACAAUCGUUUUUGAGAUUGGCUAUCUAGAACCUUACGAAGUUCAAGUACAUGGUUAUGCUUCUUUUCCACAACUGAGUUUAACACUUCCUAGAGAAAUUGUUGCGAAUAAUUGGAAUGACUUGUCAUACCGAGCGAUAUCGAGUAUAACAGAGGAAUAUCUCUUAUCUUUCAGCGAUGUGAAGAAUGAAAACAUAACAAAAUAUGUACAUAAGCGUGGUUGUCCUGAGAAUAUGAAUGAAGCAGCUUACAAGUCAUUGCUCAGAGAUGACUGGGUUAUUAUUUCCGAUAAUGAUGUUUACCCAACUGAAACUGAAAUUGAUCUGUCCAGAGAAAGAACAUUGCUGAACGAGUACCUUCGAAGCAAAAGUUUCAUUUCAACACAAUCUGUUACUCGUAAAGUAGAUACCAUCUCUGAAUUCAUAGUGUCCCCCUACCUCCUAGAUUUUGGCUACGUGAUAAUGAACAAACCGGUCUGUUAUACAGUGCUCAUCCUCAAUUGUGGACCGGUGGACACAGAAGUGAGACUGGAAGAAAUAAACAGGAGCCGACUAGAUAAUAACGAACUGAAAAUUGAAUUUCGUACAAAGAGAAUGGGUGUUGGAGAUAUGACCGAGCUGUAUGUCAUAUUUUCUCCAACGAGAAAAAGAUGCGGGCCACACGAGAGGUGUAUUGAGGAGUGCAUUUUUUUAACCGUUAAAAACGGUGGGAAAAUACCGAUUUUGAUACGAGCCACUGCCACCAUACCUACGAUGAAUAUUGGCUACUCAUGUAUCGAAUUUGGGACUGUCAAAAUCGGAAGUGCUUUGAGGAAAUCAAUUAUAAUUCAGAAUGACGGCAAUUUAUUAUCCAAAUGGACUACUGAAGUUCGCUCUCUGAACAAUCAGAUCGAUAAUGCUUAUCACAUCAUACCGAAUAAAGGAGAGCUAUUGCCUGGCAAGAAAGACUUACUCAAUAUCUAUUGGGUGCCGACCAAGAAAGGAGCCAACGAUUCGGAGUUGACGAUAAGAAUCGAGAGGAACAACGUGAAUACGUCAGUCGAGUUGUAUGGACAUGCAAUAGAGCCCACUCUCGCAUUCAGCGAAUUGAAGUUAGAUUUCGAUGCUAGUUUGCCCUAUUCCGAGAAAAUCGAGAAGUAUUUGAUCAUUCAGAAUGCAUCUACUUUUCCAGUAGAAUACUGCUUCUCUGAUUUUGAUCGGGAUUAUGAUGAAGAGAAGCAUUAUAUCGCGUUAUAUUUGCUGUACCACAAUUAUGACAGUGUCUUGAUACCAGAAAGACUACCAGGGUGUAGAUUACCCGAUAUGUUCCAAUCAAAUUAUUACUUUUUGAUGAACCAAAUUAAAGAAAAAUUGUUAUCUACUGAAAAGUUCAACGAAAUCGAGGGUUCUUUCGAUUUGAAUGCCAGAUAUGACAAAGAAGAAAUUUUUCGAUUGAUUUUAGAGCAUAUUGAGACGAUACCUGGUUGUUUUGAUGACUCCAACACAGAUGUAUGCCCUCUGGAUGAUGAGAUUAACUCUAGGAUGGCUAUUAUCAACCCAGAAAUACACAACGUCGAUGAUUCAGAUGAAAGGAGUGGCGUUUUCAUUAUAUUCCAUGGAGGACCACAUACAAAUUAUUACAGAGCUGCAAACAGAGUCGGAAUCGCAUUAUCCAUGCAAGUUUACAGCAUUGAUAGGCUCAUCAGCGAAGAAUUGGUGAAAAAUGAAGUUGGACCUGCUGCUGAAAUCAACAGUAUCAUACAAUCUGCUCUCCAAGGUUAUAAUAUGGAUAAUGAAAAACAACCUGAGGAAGAUGAUUAUGACUUUCUGUGGAGGAAAAUUAGAACAUUUCUGGAUAAAAAACGAAAACCAUCAUCAGGAAAACUCCAAACCAGUGCUGCUAAAAGUAGAAGCUCUGAAAGAGGUUCUGAUAAGAAAUCGGAUAAAUCGAAUGCGAUUCCUUCGAAUACUAUCACGCUAAUGGAUAUUGCCACUGAAUUGCUGAUAGAUUUACUGAGAAGGAGGUUCGAUAAUACGAAAUCGGCGGUGAUAAUAGAGAGCUUGAAUAGUGAAUUUCUGAGAAAACCAAAUAUCGCUCUGGAUUGUUUGUUACAUGCAAUUGGAAGUGUCAAAUAUAUCCAUAUUAUUAUUUUGUCAUAUACAUUGGAAGAUUAUAUGGAUAAUGAACUAACUCGACUGAAAAAUGAAGCUGAAGCUGUAGCAGAUAUUGAUGAUGUAGGAACUCCAAAAACGGGAAAAGGAAGCACAAAAAAAAUUAAACAAGAACCAUCUAAGAACUUCCUCAAACAAAUAACAAAGGAUUUGCAAAAAGAUUUGAAGUCCCAAUUUGAAUCAUUUCGUAAUUUGCUUGAAGAGAUCUUGCAUAUAUGUGAAUUCUGGGAGAGGCAUUGUCAGGUUCUUAUAAGGCCAUUUAGUAAAGGCAACUUAACUUCCAAGAAAGAUACCAAAUCCUCAGCAAAAGAGUCUGCACCAGAAUCUAAGAGCUCCAAUAAAAAAGGAAGAAAAAUCGUCUCGUCAAGCACCGGUAACUUUUCCAAGGUCAAUUUUGAUGCUUUAGGGAUCCGUCUAUGGGCCAUCAGUAACUGUAAUGACGAUAGAAUAACAGAUUUGGAAAUCAUACCCACUAUGCUAAAGUGCAGUCCUGAACUGAAUGAAGUCAUUCUUGAAUUGGAAGGACAAUUGGAGCGAAUUGAAGAGUCCACCACCACAUUCAGUGUUGUCCGGCAAAUGAAAUAUUACAAGAAAAAUCUGAACAAAUAUUUCAAAAUAUGCCAGCCGACUAUAGAAAAAAUUGAAAAUACGGUACAUUUAGCAACUUCAUCGGCUGGUGGCAGUUUGAGGAAGAAGUCAUCAAAAAGAAAAGCUAGCGCUGAAAGAAAAGAGAAUAUGUCUAGUACUACGACUAAUUCGGGGUUAAGAGUUACUAGUAAUCUAGAUGCAUUUAGUACCAGAUACGUUUUAUCACCUAGCGACAAAACAAAAUAUGAAAUUACAUUUUCACCAGCGGCAAGCGGAAAAUACACCUAUAAUUAUUUGAUUGAACUUGUUGGAAUAGACAGACCGUAUACGAUUCAAUGCACUGCCUCAUGUCAGCUGCCAGAGAUCAGCUGGAAUCCGGAAAUUGUGUUUCCCAAAUAUCAGGAUGCUUAUCAGAACAAGAUACUUGGGGAAAACUUCGUUUACUAUAAUGAAGAAGAUGUUUUCGAUUUCGGAUAUAUUUUCAUAGGAACCCACAAGACACUGCCUUAUGCUACUAAAAUCAUGCUCCAAAAUGCUUCCGCACUCCCAUGUGAAAUUACAGCACAGCUGGCUGAAAACUCUCUCUUUGUCAUUGAAAAAGAAAAAUUGUCUAUCAAACCGCAAGAAUCUGAAGAGUUUCCCAUGUCAUUGAAGGCAGCAAAGAAAGGAAGGAUACAGUCUGAAUUAUUCAUAACAAUCAAGUACAAUCCUAAAGUGAAAGUCAUUAGACUGGCAGCUCAAGCCUGCCCUGUAGAAUUCAACGUUCAGCCGAAAGCAUUAUCAUUUGAGAAAGUUCCUUUGCAUUAUUCGGACAAGAGGAAAAUAACUUUGACAAAUUCGUCUCCUGUAAAUUUGGUAUGGAAAUUCGUAAAAGCAGAAUGGACUUUAGAUAUUUAUAACAUUUCCAAGAUGAGUGGAGCCAUCAAGCUAUAUUCAGUUGAUGAAAUUAUCAUUGAGUAUUUUCCAACCAAUGAAGAAACUAAUCCGAAGAAGAGUUUCGAAAUUCAGGUUUUCGACCUGAACCACUCCGAUAUAAUACCAAUCUAUAAAGAGGACAUAUCAGUUGUUUCAGAAUCAGUUGUAUAUCAGGUUGAAUAUAAAUCUCACAUAGAUUUGGGUGAUGUUAGAGGAAGAAGCCAAAUGAAAAUUCCAUUCCAUAUGUCAAACAACGGAAAAUGCAAUGUGUCAGUAGUAUUUUCAGAAUUAGAUAAUAUCCUACCAGGCGAAAUGCAUGUCAUCAGAAAAUUCUUCAAGAUGAGUAUUAAAAGUGAAGUUUUACUCCCACAGAAGUCAGCAGCCGUGAUGAUAACUUUUCAUCCGACAAUGGAAAUGAAUUUUGAGAAUGUCCCAGUCUAUAACUGUAGUUUUGUGGAAAAUAACAAGCCAGAAAAUGUUAUAAGUUCAUUCGUCAUAACAUUUUCAGGAGUAGUUCAUCUAUCAAAAUUCGAACUUUGUCCUGCAUCUGAUUUGUAUUUUGGGUAUCAGCAAGUUGGAACUGCAAAAUCUCAAAAAAUGGAAAUAAAAAAUACUGGAAGAUUCUCGUUCGAGUAUGCCAUUUUGAGUUUUGAUGAAACAGUGAUGGGUCAAAUGAAAAAACACAAAGCUGAUGAACAGAAAGUGAAAUCUUCUAUGGAUGUGUUCAAAAGGAUGGGUUCAAUCAAAUCUAGAACUGCAAGCCCAAAAAAUAAAGAAAAAUCAAAGACGAAAGAAAAACCUACUACUAAAGCAUCAACACUUGAAGUAGAAGGCUUCUCUAUAGAUUCGUCCACUGGAGUAGUAUUGCCAAAUGAAAAAGUUCAGAUAAAUGUUGAGUAUAUACCGAAAGAAAUGAAAGAGUACGACCGCAUACUGGUUAUUUUCGUGACGGAGUGCCAAAAGGAAGAUCUGUAUGGGAGAAAAUUUAUCCUGCACGGAGAAGGAACCCAACCAAGUUGUAACUUUGACGAUUAUGAAAAGAUGUUCAGGGAACAUUUUAUAGUUCGGGAACUUGGAGAUUUCACAUCCCCGGAAAAUAUCGGCAGUCAUUCCGUCUUUGUUGCUUCAGAAACGGCACUUUAUCUCAAGAAUAUAUGCAUGAACGAGAAUUAUACUAUGAAAAUUUACUUGCAAAAUUUAGGACAAGUUAUAGCAGAAGCUGCCGUCAAACUCGAACAAAAAAAUGAUUUCACAGUUUCUCCUAGCACACUGUUCAUACCACCUUAUGAAACGGAGACGAUAUUUAUCACUUUUACCCCAGAUUCGAUAAAUAAAUUCGAGAACAAAUUGAUAAUUUCAUAUAAUUCGAGUGUAUCGAAUACAUUCGUACUGUCUCUGAAUGCCGAAAGCUGCGUUCCUCAAAUAUCUCUAUUGGAGCCGAAAACUGGCGAAGACAAUAUUACAAGGAUUGAUUUCAUUCCCACUUAUAUUGGGAUGACUCGGAGUAGAAGGAUUUGUGUUGAGAACAUCGGAGCUAUUCCGUGCAAACUAAUUAUGGAUUUGUGUGAUGAUAAAUAUGAUGUGUUUCAUUUGGUUACCCAAGAUGACGACGAUAACAUAUUGAAGCAAGUUGAGAACGAAGAAGAUGUUGACAACCCUCUACCAUCUUUCAUGGUGAACUUGCUUACCAAAAGAAAGGGUUAUUUUGAUCUAGUUUUCAAGCCCAGCUAUGAAAGAUUUUUCAAUGUCCAGAUGAAAAUACAUACAGUGAAUAAUCCUUUUGAAAUUAUAACGAUUGAUAUAACAGGGCAAUCCUACUGUCGAGACAUCUAUGUAGACGGACUAGAAACACUGAAUUUGAACAAAUCCACAUCAUCUACACCCUACAUUGGAUACAUACUGGAUUUUGGAUUCAGUUCAUUGAACAAACUUCUGAAGAAAUGUUUCACCCUGAAGAAUAAUUCGCAAAGCAAUAUUUACAAGUUUCAGUUCACCCAAGAAUCAACCGUUAUAGUAACCCCAAGAGUUGGUCAUUUGAAACCAAACACCUCUAAAGAGAUAAUUGCAGUUAUCUCUACAAAAUUACCUUUGUGUUUACAAAACGUAAAAAUAGAAUGUAACUUCAUGAUCAUCAAUUACGUAAACUCUGAUACAUCUAUAUCUUGGGAUGAUAGACAACAAAUAGUCGAAUGGGAGCAUUCAAAACAAAACGAUUCCAUCGUUCGGCCACAAUAUUAUAAAGAAGCUAUCAAUAUUGCGAUGAGGGAAUUAUCCAGAUCCGAAUAUUCGUUUGAAGAAAAUAAUGUAUGCAUCUUGUACAGACCAGAACCAGAACACAUCCUUUCAACGAAUGUCUGGGAUAUCAUACCCAUAUUUCUCUCAGUCACUGCAGAUUACGCCUCGUACGAUUGUGCAGUGAGAGAACUGAUAUUUCCUGAUACUUUUGUGAAAGAGAAAAGUGACGUCAGAUUCGUAGUGGCAAAUACUGGAUUGGUACCAAUUCAUAUUGAGUGGUUCCUUAGCUGUGAUGAUAUUUUACCUCAAAGAUCUUCUUCAGCGGGAUUUAGGGAAUCAAAUGAUCCACUCAUGCCACCUGCUCCCUCUUUAAUAUCUUCACUUAGUUCAACAACUCUCUUCAGUUCCACCGAUUCGAAAACUGGAUCUGACGUAUUACCAUUCGAGAUUCUACCAGAAAAAACAGUUAUAGAACCGAACGAGACAGCCACAUUUUCCAUUGUAUUUUCUCCCUCUGUCGCUCUACAAUAUUAUGUUAGAUUGGUUUCCAAUAUCACCUCACUGGACCCCUGUCUCAAGAAUAUGGAUAUCAACAUAACAGCUGAGGGUCUAGUACCGGAAUGUUACUUAGAAAUCGAAGAGACGGAUUAUUUCACUAGAAGACCGGCUUUGAAGAAAUGUAUUGAAGAUAGAGAAGAUUCCAAAGUAGUCGAACUGUUGUCAGUUGGGGUCGGUGUAACAUCUACGAGAAUAUUCAAUGUUGUCAAUGCUUCCAAUGACACUCUAUAUUUCAACAUCGAGCUGUUAGACGCCGAGAACCGGUUCAGCUAUUUCAACUGCAAGACCCCAUCCGGUCUAAUCAAACCGGGAAAGAAAACUGAGGUCGCAUUCUGCUUCAUACCGCAAGAGCUGGGCAGCUUCGAGGAGUUCUACAAGUUCUCCAUUGACUCGAUAAACUUCCAUCGAACGCUUCUGUUGGCCGGACAUUGCAGGGAUCCGAGAGUAUAUUUCGCUAAAGCACACGUCACCGUGAAGCCCACUUUGUUGGGCGUGCCCUCAGAGGAAACGGUUACGCUAAAGAACGAGGAAGAUACGGAGCUGGACUUUAGAUUCUUGAAGCACAGCUUGUACAAUCAGGAGCACGACCAGCGAUUGAAAGUUGUGCCGAUGUCUGGGACUGUUAAUCCACGUGGCGAGUUUGACAUCAGAUUGAUUUAUAACGCUGAUAAGAUUGGCGAGGCAAAUUUCUAUCUGAAAUGUACAUUAGAGAAAAUGAAAUCUCAUCUGAACCUCACUAUCAGUGCAACUUGUAUGGAAGUGUUAUGUUCAGUCAGUUACACCAAUAAAAACGGAGCUAUGGUGCACAUGGAUUCUGAUCGGGAAAAUGUCAUCGAUUUAGGAAAUAUUGGUAUAAAAUUGAAACGGGUAAUAAAAGUUUCGAUCGUGAAUACCGGGCAAACUGGUUUCUUUUAUGGUUGGAGAUUCAAUAAAAAGGCAUUUGAAAGUUCUAUGAACGUUAUGGUGGAUAGUGAAAAAGAAUUUGUUUCUGCCGGUACCUCUGUAUCCUCUGAUAUCAUUGUUGAAUCGUUCAGACCCUAUAUUCUCAAAGAAUUCAGGAUGAAACUUGAGAUAACUUAUGGUCCAACUUAUAUGCUUAAAAUCAAUGCCGUUGCAAAUGAGCCAUUGUGCAAAUUUUCCUUCACAAAUUACAAUUUUGGUAGCUGUAUCGUACAAAAAAAUUUUUCCAAGUAUAAUGAAGUCUUAUUGAAGGCGAAGAAUUUCGAAAAUAAUCCGAUAAUGAUACAAAAUCAGUUCGAGAAUAACAAAAAUCUAACAGUUGAUUUCAAAACAAGCCAAGUGCUUUCAAACUCAUCUGGGACCAUUCCGAUAUAUUUCCACCCCCAAGCAGUAGGGAAGCAUGAUAUUUCUAUUCCAUUCAUUGUGAAGUCCAUGAAGAAAGUCAUAAAAGUGAUAGGCGAAGGGGUGAAAUUGAAUUUGCAACUGAUGAAUCCAGGUGACAAAUUCAUCAAUUUGGAACCCGUCAAAUUGGGAAACAAGAGAAAAUAUUCCUUCGAGCUGCUAAACAGAACUUCUACUAGAGUAAACGUUUUGGUAUACUUCGCAGAAGAUUUUCCAACUCGUAAGGAAGAAGAUAAAGAUAUUGAACCUGACAUGGUGGUACCAAAAGAAAAAUUACCAUCAAAAGAGUUAAAUAAAACAGGCAAGAACAAAGUAAUCACAGAGGUGAAUAUUAAAACCAUUGCCCAUGAAAAGAAGUCUGAGAAAGUGAAAUCUGAAACACAACAGAAAAUUAAUGAAGUGGGAUUCAAGUGGAGCUUUGAAGAACCAAUACAAGAUUACAAAAUACAUCCCAUCGAAGGUACUGUAUCUCCUAAUUCGGAGAUGAAAAUGAGUGUUACCUUUAAACCCAAUGCAGUUUACUGUCAACUCAUCAAGAAAGCCAGGUGUACGAUAAACAAAAGUACUAUUCUAGAAUUGAGGAUAAUAGGAAAUUCAUUAAACUUACCUCAACCAAUUGCAACAGUAAACUUCAGUUGUCCUGUGAGGGAAACUACUAUAUCAAGCAUUAAUGUUGCUAACGAUACCCAAUUUCCGUGGACUUUGAAUCCAAUUCUAUCUAGAGAAACUUUUUGGAUGCCUAAUGGAAUCAAAAUUGGACCCGGAACUAACCUAACAUUAGAUAUUCAAUACAGGCCCCAGUAUAUGACUAAAUCGAAACCAGAACAGGCUACUCUAUUUUUACCAUUACCGGAAGGACAAGCUAUUUUAUAUGAACUGGUUGGAACAGCACUACCGCCUUUACCAGCUAAACAAUUGUUCAUAGAACUCAGAUGCAAAGAGAAUCACACUGAAAUAUUGAAAAUAAAGAAUUGGCAAGAAACCUUGCAGCGUUUUGAGGUGAAAACGGAACUGAUGAGUGAGGCUACCACGAAAACUAUUUACAAAACUUUUGGACAUAAGCUCAUAGAAGUACCACCUAACAAAACGUGGGAAUACAAAUGGAACAUUUAUGUGAUGAAUGAAGGGCAACUGGAAAUGAAAGUGAUAUUUAUGAAUACUGAUACGGGUGAAUACUUGUUUUAUGAAAUAUCUCUGAAGGUAUUACCAAGUGAGCCUCUGGAUACAAUCAAAUUAAGCACUUGUGUGAGAGAGCAAGCGAAAACAACGAUAAAACUGAAAAAUCCAAUCAAUCUACCAGUCACUUUCAAUAUCAGCGGUAGCUCCGAAUUACAAUUUGAGAAAACGGUUUCAAUGAGACCAUACACCGUUCAUGAUUUGGAUAUUUAUUAUUGUCCCCUGAAGUGUGAAGAUAGUAAAACUAAUUUGGAAAUAUCUUGCGAAGAACUUGGAACUUUUUCAUAUGUAUUAGAGCUUCUAGCCAAUGCUGCUUCUCCAGAAAGGACCCUCAAAUUCAAGGCUGAAUUAGGCGAUAAAGGUUUCAACACAAUCAGUGUGAAGAAUACAUUUUCUAUGCCAUUCGAAUUGAUGGCAAAAUUUAACCACUCCAUUUUUUAUGCAGAUAAGCCGGCACCCACGUCAGUCGGCGAAACUGGAAAAAUUGUCAUCAAAUUUGAACCCAGCGAGCUGGGUAUUGUAAAAAGUAGAGCCAUAAUAACUUCUUCAGUUACUGGCGAUUAUAUAUAUCCUCUUAUCGGCGAAUGCGUUCAUCCAACACCAAAAGGACCGUUUUCUAUAAAACCAGGAGGAUCAGUAUUGAUACCAUUUCAAAACCCAUUCACUGAACAAAAAACUUUUGAAUUCAUCAUUGAUUCGAAUAUAUUUACUUUGAAAUCUACCUCUGAGGAAAUCAAACCAAGAAAAUCGACCAAAAUGAUCAUCAGUUUGCCGAUAAAGAAUUUGGAGGGAAUUAUACGUAAAUACCCACUAACUGCUAAAUUGAUAGCACAGUGCAAUGAUCCAGAUCUGAAAUUCAUUCGAUGGGUAUUUUAUAUACAAAGUGAUCAAUGAAUCUUGAAUACUUUUAUAAUGAAUAAAUCUAAUAUGAG